AUGAGGAGUCUGCUGGCACCGCUGAUGGUGACUCUGGUCCUGGCAGCUCUCUGCUCUUGUGAGAAAGAUCCCAAAGACCCCUCAGGAUCUCCCAGCGCUGCCAGCAUCAAGAUUACAAAAGAAGUUGCCAAUGCCUUUGUGAAGAGGCAGAAGAGAUCCAGCCUGUAUGAACGGUACCUUGAGUAUUACAAAAAUCCAAUGGAGCAGAUGCAUGAGCGUUGUGAAAACUACCCGCCCUGUGACUAUCUCUCUGACCAAAUAGGAUUUUCCAUGGCCUACAACCAUUUCUUUAGGAGAUACUGA